AUGUUACGCGCAGCAUCACGGCGCACAAGCGCCCACGCCGCAACCCUCCUACAAGCACAACGCCAAAGCCUAGCUCGCUCAGUAUACACCAACACAAGGCCAACCGCCCAACCACGCAUCAACAAUGCCAAACCCCUCACAAACCCAAAUAUAGCCGGCGCACGACACCUCAGCACAGCAGAAAAGAUCCGGCGCAAGUACCGCGAAGCAUCAAAAGGAAUCUGGCGCAAGAACCCAAUCCUCCUACCGCUAGCAAUAGCCUCCAUAGUCGGCGGCGCCAUCUCCUUCGCAUAUAUCUCCUACGUGGAAUUGACCCGCGUCGCGCCGCAGUACCACAAGUUCCCGGCGCCGGUGGCUGAUGCGCUCCGCACGGCUGUGUACUACACUGAGAUCGAUCUCAACCCGCCUAAGGCGCUGCAGGCGUAUAAGGAGGCGUUGAGGAUUGCGGCUGAGCUUGGUGUUCAUCCGUUCUCGGAUGAGGUGCUUGGUAUUAAGAUUCAGGUUGCUAUGAUGCUUGAGAAGGCUGGGCUUUUCAAGCCUGCUAUUGAUGUUUUGGAGCGGACCAAGAGCGAGACUCUGAUUUGGAUCGAGAAGGGCCGGGCUAUGGAGGGUGUGCAGGGUGCUGGGGUUGGAGCCGUGAAGGACGCUGCUCCCAAAUUUGCGCCUACGCAGGCGAAGAUCGCUCCGGAGAACGUCCAGAUCAAUACCGAUGCCAUGCAAGAGACAGAGGAAGAUUUGAAAGAGCGGGCUGAGACUGAGGUUCGUCUGCGGGACAAGGCACUUAAGAAGGUCAUUGGUAUCCAGAUGAAGCUUGGCGAGUUGUAUUCCAGCGACCAUAUCCAGGAAGAUAAGAAGGCCGAGGAGGCGCAGGUCGCUGCUGUGGAGCUCUGUCUAAAGGAGAUGCACCGUCGUCAGAGAUUGGGUCUUCCCGUUGGCAGCUCGAGCAGUGGCAGUGAGGAAAAUGGCGAGGCAUGGCUAAAUCUCACUGAGAUUGCUACUGCUUUGGCUGAUCUGGCCAAUACCUAUAUCGCCAAGGAGCGCUUUGAACUUGCCAUGCCGCUGUACCUCCGUGCAUUGGACCUGAUCCGCAAUGCAGAGGGUGAUACACCUUCCUGCAAGCAGGUCGUGCUCUUGAAUGAUGUCGCUACUGCUAUGGUCGGACAUGCCCAACUACCUGUGAAAUCUCAGCCACAGCAGCCCGUUGCGGUUGACCAGACUGUCGAAGCUGCACGUCAGUGGGCGCAGAAGGCCAUUGAUGUUGCGGCGCAUAUCCAGCCUCCGGUCCGUGAUGAGGAGUGUGAUAUUACUUGUGUUGUUGCUACGUAUAACCUGGGUGAAUUGGCGGAAUUACAGCAAAAGCCGCAGGUUGCUAAGCAGCGGUAUACCGAGGCUAAGUCGUUGGCUGAUGGCAUUGGUUAUGAAGAGGGCAGUCUGAUGGCCAAGGAGGCUUUGAAGAGACUCGGCAAGAAAUAA